GCUUGUGUCUCCCCAGCCACCCGUGGGACGCGGUGGCGCAGGCGGCCAUGCGGAAGUACCCGAACCCGAUGAACCCGAGCGUGGUGGGCGUGGACGUGCUGGAGCGCCGCGUGGACGGCCGCGGCCGGCUGCACAGCCUGCGCCUGCUCAGCACCGAGUGGGGGCUGCCCGCGCUCGUGACGGCGAUUUUGGGAACCAGUAGGACUUUGACAUACAUCCAAGAACAUUCUGUUGUGGAUCCAGUGGAAAAGAGAAUGGAACUUAGUUCCACCAAUAUCACACUCACAAAUUUGGUGUCAGUUAACGAGAGGUUGGUGUACACACCUCAUCCGGAGAACCCAGAAAUGACUGUGCUCACACAAGAAGCUAUCAUCACCGUAAAGGGGAUUAGCCUUGGCAGCUAUUUGGAAAGUUUAAUGGCCAACACAAUAUCAUCCAAUGCAAAGAAGGGCUGGGCUGCCAUCGAGUGGAUAAUCGAGAAUUCUGAGCGCGCUGUGAGCUAG